UAUUCUGCCGGAAAGCAGUUCAACAAAAUGGACGCUGUGUGAUGAGCCUAUGUGCGUUUGCUUUGUUUCAGUUUCUAGCUAGAAUUGUAUAAUUUUGUAUUGUCUUCAGUAGUAUUUACCCGAGGGGUGUGAGGCAUAAAUUUAUGUUUAGUUAGUGUAACAUGGCUGAAAAAUUCGAUAAUCUUGAAGAGCACCUAGAGAAGUUCAUAGAAAAUAUCAGACAAUUAGGAAUCAUCGUCAGCGACUUUCAACCGAGUAGUCAGACUGGACUCAACCAAAAACUGAAUUUCAUGAUCACAGGAUUGCAGGACAUUGAGAAGUGUCGUCAACAACUGCACGAUAUUAAUGUUCCCUUGGAAGCAUUUGAGUACAUUGAUCAGGGUCGUAACCCUCAGCUGUAUACUAAAGAGUGUUUGGAGAGGGCCCUGGCAAAAAAUGAACAAGUGAAAGGAAAGAUUGACACCAUGACGAAAUUUAAAAGCCUUCUCAUUUCUGAGUUGGGGAAAGUUUUUCCAGAAGAGAUGGCCAAGUAUAAAGCUAUUCACGGGGAUGAUCCGCCAUCAUAGUGGCUAGCCUUCUGGUGAAAACAUCGCAGAAGCUUAAUGUACAUAUGUAUAUACAGUACCUUCAUGAAAAUAGUUCUAUGCCAUUUAAACUUGUGGUUCAUUAUGUUUUAUACUGAAGCAGUGCUCAUACAGUUGUACAUGCUGUAGCAGUGUCUUGUGACAUUGAUUGUGCCACUAAAGUAAUACCAUAAGGAGUGGAAUUAUUAAUGUGUGAUUGUAACACAUGGAUAAGUCAGGGAAAAGGAAUGUUGUUAAUUUUUACAGAACCAAAUGUUUUUUCAAUAAAUGAGUUUGGGAUUCAGCA